UAGGCAUAUUUAUUCCAGCUCAGGAUGACGUGCAGUCUAGUCGCCACUGGGAGCGAUAUGACAGUGCCUUAAGCUACAACCAGCCACCACCACCAACGUCACCCCUUGCUGGAGGUGUGCCGUUGCGUGUCAUGUUCAUGGGCGCCUCGCUCACCAGGGGUGACGUAUCGACUGGAAAUCUCGGGUUCCGCAAACCUAUUCGUGACAGGGUCGUGACAAUGGGAAACGCUGUCAACCUGGUGGGAUCACAGAAAGUUGGCGCGUUCAAAGACAAUGAUGUAGAAGCUUAUUCGGGGACUCGGAUCGACCAACUGUACGAACACUCUACCUAUAUUGUACCCGAAACUAGCCCGAAUCUCUUCAUCAUCCAUAUUGGCACGAAUGAUUGCCUCCAAAGAUGGGACAUUGAGAACUUCGGUGCACGCUUGAAGAUACUCGUCGAUUACUUGCUAGUGACAUCUCCGAAGGCUACGGUCAUCAUAUCGACUCUGAUCACAAACACGGUUCCCAAUGUCGAACCUAUUAUAUUGAAUGUGAAUGCCCAGAUCAGGGGGAUUGGAUCCGUGCUCGAGAGGGAAAGGAAGCCAAUAGUGUUAGCUGAGAUGCACUAUGACCAGGGACUCCCGGAUCGGCCACGACCUAGUGACAUAUCUCCCGAUGGCACUCAUCCCUUUGAUCCGGGAUAUACUAUGAUGGCUAACAUAUUCUGGGCUGCCAUCAUUGAUGCUAAUGGUAGAGGUUUCAUUCAGAGGCCAUUAAACAAUGGCAUUCCAGAUAAUGGCGAUGUCAGAAAGAUAGAUAAUGAGACUGAUAUAUUGACGUAGACUUUAGAUUCUGAGAAUAUUUCCUUGCCCCAAAAUCAUCUGGGGCCCUCCUAUUGAUUCAUUGGAUUUUCUUCGCCGGAAGAUUCAUGUGAAGGUAGUAAAUCUGACUCAUUUUUUUUUUCAAGUCCUGAGGUAUAUCAUCUCGG